GUAUUGUCAAAGUUAACAUAUUCAUGGAGGACCUACCACGUGCAGACGAUGGUGUAGCUGGAUACGAGAGUUUUUUUGCCUUCCGCCUCGAUCACAUUACUUGAUCUUGAGCUCCUUCACCAGCCGUACCAUUGUUGGCACAGAACGGCUCACCAACUACUCCCCGCUUGACUUCACUGAGACGCAUGACGAGACCUCGUCACCCUACAGCUUCUCUCAACUCGCUCUCGACCAGCUUCCAACUCGCUUCUUUCUUCCUUUUCUUUCUUCGCUAACAUUCUCCUACCACAUCUUCAUAUUGCUGGCAUCGUCAUGGAUGGUGUUCGUUUCCAUUACUAUGUUGUGGCAAACGAGACGAUCACGGAGGUGUGCUUCGGGAAUUGCAGUCUUGUGAUUCCCCUACCACCGCCAGGUCUGACAUCAGUACCUUCCGUUCACUACGAAUCGCCUUCGCCACCACCACCUUUCUCUCACCACAAUGUCCUCUCAGAUACCCUUAUUGCCAUGGUUGCUUUCCUCUCGGUAGCCUUUCUGUUGGUGAGCUUCUACAUAACGAUGAUCAGAUGCUGUAAGAGGAGGAACUCAUCCGGGCGAGCUCUGGAGAGACAGAACCCACCUACCCUGGAUGAGUUCUUUGAGGGGCAAGACCCCAUCAACCAUUUUUGGUACAUCAACACUGUGGGUCUUGAGGAAUCACUCAUAAAUUCCAUUACUUUAUGUAAAUUCAAGAGGGGAGAGGGCCUGAUUGAGGGAACGGAUUGUUCUGUCUGUCUGAGUGAAUUCCAAGAAGGUGAGGACCUCAGACUUCUGCCUAAGUGCAGCCACGCUUUCCAUUUGGAAUGCAUAGAUCGGUGGCUGAGGGCACAUGUCAAUUGCCCUCUGUGUCGAGCACCCAUCAUGGCGAGUAAUGAAAAUUCAUUGCCGCCGGAGAAUGGACUUGCCGGCGCUUCUGUGGUAGAUCGAGCCUAUGUCGAGGAACCGGGUGCUGGUGGGGCAAAUGACGAUGAACAAAGCGGAGAUUCAGCCUUUGUAGCGAUUGAAUUGGGGGACGUUGAAGAUCCGAUGAAAGGUGGAGACCUUGGUGCACUUGCUGGGCAAUCAAGCAAUGAUCGGCUGAAUGGGGUAAUGGUGGAGAAAUCAUUAGAUGAAGUUCAGCCUAUAAGAAGAUCGGCGUCAAUGAAUUCCUUGGCUAGGAUACAUGUAUCAACAGGACCAAGAACGAGUUCCGCACGCGAAUUUUCCUCUCUUGCCUGUGGAUCAACGGUGGGAGCAGGUUCGUCAGAUUCUGAGAAACUGAAUUGGGGGCAACUCUCAAGGUUCAAAGGAGAUGGAGGGGACAGCAGUGGAGGAAAAGCUUUGGGAGCCGUUGCUAAGGGACUAGGCAUGCCGAAGAUACCAUUGGACAUGAAAAGGUCUUUCUCUAUUAGUGGAAACUUCUUCUUCUCUAAAAAUGGCCGCAACCGCAGCUCAGUUCUCCCUCUAUGAUAGGAUUUCUUUUUUAAAUUUAUGGAGGAGAAAUCCUCUUCACCUUUAUUCUUCAAGCAUUUUAGUCUACCCGGUCCUUGAGGAACUUGGCUGGCCUCUCUUUUGGGAAGUGUACUAAAAGCUUGAAGAGAAAGUACGAUACAGAAGUUAAAAAUCAACUGUUUGUUCAUAUAUAAAGCAUUUAUCGAUAUGCUAAUGCGGCCAAGGGACAACAUAUGUGGAAGGGACCUGUUCAGAUGAAGCUGCCUUUGUUCAGUUGUGAAGCUUUAGAUCUAUCCUGGCUAAAUCUUAGACUUCCUCUCUGAGCAAAAUCUCUGUAAGUUUCCCUUGGAGUAACACAAUCCUCUGCUAUAGAUUUCACAACAUAAAUUGUGAGGAGCAUGAUGAAUGUCUUGAUGCCAUUUUGUGGGCAAGCGUAUCAAAAGGUGAACAAGGGUUUAAAACUUGUGAUGGUGAACAUUCCAUUCAUCAAUGAAAUGGUUAUAUAUUGGUUUUUUGGUUAUAA